AUGGAUAUUGUAUAUAGUUAUAAAAAGAAAGUACGAGAGCUGGGCCAACCGUACGAAUUUGAAGACUCGGAACCUAUUCUUCUUGUAAAUAUUCAACCCGAUGAGAGAAUUCGAAAAUCAUAUUAUGUUGAAAAGGAUCCUUGUCAUGUUGGAGUUCAAACAGCACCUGAAUUGAGCGAGCAUGUAGUAAAUACUAAUACAAAAAACUAUUCAAGCUCUGGAAUGCUGCACAUUGAAGGUGGAUGGCCCAAAGAUGUCAACGUAAUGGAUGUGGAUGCAAAAAAGAGACAUCAAAAGAAAGUAGAAAAAGAUGAUUCAUAUCUGAAAUCCGCCCUUGCUCUUUCCAAUGAAGUGAUUAAGAAUUUGUGUAUUAAUACAGCUCUAAAUGUACACGAGAAUUAUUUUGAAACUGAUGAAAAUAGCGGAAUUGAGGAUGAUCAUUUAAUUCGAUCAACAACAACCAAACCUACAGCCACCGUAUUAACGAUUCUUAAAGAUCCCUCCGAGCAUAAGAGGAUUGUAAAUCAUAUUGCAUGGGCAAAUGGAGAUUCUAAAAAGUUGGCAGCAGCUUACUUUGUCCCUCCCAAUGAUUCCCUCACAGAGAAUAUUGCAAAAAAUUCAUAUAUUUGGGACAUUCGAAAUCCAAAUACUCCAGAGUUGGUCUUGUCACCAGGAUCACCUUUGAGCUGUUUAGAAUUUAAUCCAAAAGACUCUACCUGCAUUUUGGGAGGUGCAAGAAAUGGCUGUCUUUAUGUAUUUGACACAAGGCGUGGCUCCAAUCCAGUUGAAUAUUCUCAUAGCCAAACUAGUCACAAAGACCCAGUGUACUCAGUGCGGUGGAUACAGAGCAAACAGUUCACAGAGUGUGUGAGCAUUUCGAGCGAUUCGCAAGUGUUGUUUUGGGAUAUUAGAAACUUAUCAGAACCUUUGGAACGAAAUAUUUUGGAAAUUACUCAAUCUAAGAUCUAUCAGCCUCAGAAAUUUGGGGCUCUCUGUAUGGAUUAUGACACUUCGUAUAGUACAUCUAAAUUGCUAAUAGGAUCCGAUCGAGGUCAAUGCUUAAUAUGGAACAGAAAGGCAAGGAAGGGAGGAAAAGAAAAAGUUGAACGAGUUUUUCUAGGUCAUCACAGCUCAAUUUUCUCAGUUCAACGAUGUCCUUUCAAUCCAAAGUAUUUCCUCUCGAUAGGAGACUGGACAGCUAGGAUUUAUCACGACGAUAUUUGGAAAGCACCCUUAAUCGAAACGAAAUAUAGCGAGAAUUAUCUUACCGACGGAUGUUGGUCACCCACAAGACCUGGUGUGUUUUUCACAACUUCAACAGAUGGGUUAUUCAAUGUAUGGGACAUUCUUCACAGUCAUUCUAAGCCUGUAGUUUCUCUGCAGUUGACAUCGAGUCUUCAUUGUGUGAGCACUUCUAAUGGAAAACAUAUCGCUGUAGGAGACAGAGAUGGAGGUGUAAGCUACAUUGAGCUAAGUGAUGAUUUGAGUGGAUAUUUUAAUGGUGUUCCCAGAGUGAUUCAAGAUGAAAAGAAUGCGAUCAAUGACAUGUUGGAUCGAGAGACGAGACGAGAAAAGGCACUCGAACAAAAAGUUAAACCCGUCGAAAGCACCAAUUCAGCAUCCUUGUUAGAGGUGCCACAUGAAAGGUUUAUGGCUCCUACUGAAGAAGACUUGAACAAAUACUUUGAAGAGGCUCUACAAAGGUAG